AUCGCGUGACAAUACGGUGACAGUGACACCAUGACGCCCUGUUGGACGCGUCUGCUUCAAACGCGUUCAUUCUUUUCGUCUGCCUUCCGAUGGCAUGAAAACCCACUGGGCCUUCCACGGAGCGGGGCGCUUCCUCCGCCUCAGAUGCCUCGCCGAGCAGGAGCCAUACAAAAACGUCGUAUUCCCAACGUCAAACGCGUCGUGGCCGUUGCUAGUGGAAAGGGCGGCGUAGGAAAGAGCACAAUAGCCGUCAACCUGGCGUUUGCGCUGUCUUCCCUCCGCCCAAGCGAUUCUGGCGCUCGUCUGCGUGUUGGCGUGUUGGAUUUGGAUAUAUUCGGGCCUUCUAUCCCGACGCUUCUGGGCCUCAAGAAAGCGGAGGAGCCAUUGCUCACAGACGGCGGAGCGAUUGUCCCUCUGGUCAAUCAUGGAAUUCCCACAAUGUCCAUGGGCUUUCUGCUGCCUCGGUCUGCUGACUCUGCCUCUACAGACGAUACGCCUGUCGUCUGGCGAGGGCUCAUGGUGCAAAAAGCCGUGCAACAGCUGUUGUUCGACGUCGACUGGAACGCCGCCGAUGGGCUUGGUCUUGGCCUUGAUGUUCUCGUCAUAGACAUGCCUCCAGGUACCGGAGAUGUGCCUCUGACUCUUGGCCAACUGGUUCAUGUCGAUGGUUCAGUCAUCGUGUCAACGCCCCAAGAUGUGGCACUGGCGGAUGUACGCAAGGGCAUAGCGAUGUUGCGCAAGGUUGCAGUCCCGAUCACGGGCAUUGUGCUGAAUCAAUCAUACUUCAAAUGCCCCAGCUGCGAGGACAAGCAUUACCUGUACGGCUCUCCAGACCUAUUCCGGUCCACUGCCAGCCGGCUGGGGGUGGACGUUCUCGCAGAACUUCCCCUUGAGCCUGGAGUAAGUCAAGGAGGCGAUGUAGGGAAGCCAUUCGCUUUACAUGCUGCCAAGGCUGGAGAAAGCCUGUGGCUAAAAGACAUGGAUACUGUGGCUGAACGCCUCUGGCAGGCGGUUCGGUGA